AUGGUUAUCCAUGCCUUGAAUGGUCUUGGACUGACCUUCAGGGACUUUACUACUGUUAUUCACACUCGUGACUCAUCAAUCGCCUUUAACGAACUCUAUGACAAAUUGGUGGAUUUCGAGAUGUUUUUGCAGCGAGAAGAACAGAUCUCGGCACCAGCUCCCAUCACUUCCAAAAUUGCACAACGUCAUUACAACGGCUACAAUCGAGGACGCCAUCACACCGGCCGCAACAUUCAUCACCAUAACCAUGAUUCACAAAGUCGCAACAACUAUAAUAGUCAGGAUCAAACUUUCCCAAACACUAAGAAGCCAACAUAUAACAAUGUUGUCAUAUGUCAAUAUUGUGAAAAAUCUGGCCACACAGCCAAAUAG